UAGACAUGGCCUCCUUUGGUUUUGGCUGGGAAUUAUCUAGACAGCAACAGCAACCGACCCCAUCGAGAAGACCAAGGAAUGCCUCCUUCAUUAGAAGGCCCAUGGUAGGACAGGUGCUUCUUGAUGAUCUAUUCUCGGCGCCAGAAAAUAAAAAGGACUCCAUUAAGGCCGCCAUUGUAGCAUUGUUAGAAAAACGUGUCAAACCUUACAAGAAUGCCGUUCUCAGAGACACGGGAUUUGCUUCGCAGAAGAGCGUGAUGACUGAGAGCUCAGGCGAUCCUGAUACUGCAUUCGUAGCUAUGGUUCUUCGAGACCUUGAUAAGAUUCUCGAUCAAAGAGACAGAGACGAGUGUGAGAUCUUGAUCACCAAGCCUGCCUUCCGACGACUGACCGAUGAAUCCCAAAUACCAAGCUAUCAAGGAUUUACAGUCACCCAUCAGCUUCGUCCCAUCGUGCAAGCAAACAUGAGGCCACCAAUGACCCCCAGUAUGGAGGCAUGUAACUCACUGGCUAAUGUCUUACGUGAGGAACUAGUGAAGAAGCCAUACGAGAGAAAUAAGAUACGCAACGCUGUAUCUCAAAUCAUGCUGGAUUUUCUGACGACGGGGAAUUGCAGUACCGGUAUGUUGCCGGGUACCGAUGUUUCAUCGUAUGGACAUGAAGUCGUAGACGACAAAGAUUCCCGACUUGUUGCUUUCUGGACCAGUAAGAUGGUCAAGCUAGACGAUGACGUAAUCAAUCACAUCAAGAAAUAUUUAUUUCCUCUCAAUCCAAGUCUUGGGUUCACGUCGAUGGAAGGUUUUUAGAUUACGAUCCAGUAGUAUAAACUCGGCAAGAGGAGGACGAGAUUGCAGACACUCCCUUUGACAGCAAAGCUUCUCGAAAGCAAAAUGCCAAAUAGCAAAGAUGCUACAGAAUCUAAUUUUACUGUUGUAUAUUCAACUAUAUGGUAUUUUAUCGUAACGGUUGAGGAUAUUAUCAUGAUUCAACGUUUGAAUAGUCAUGGUACUUUCUGGUGUUAUUUCAUUUAUUUGAGUUCUUCUCAACUGGUCAAACAUAAGAAGUACCAGUCUACUACCUGAUUCCAUGUCAAACUAUAUUAAAAGGGAAUCCACCUAAAAUCUGGGUAAAUUCAGUAGAAGCACAAAUAUAAUUAAAAGAAUAGAUCAGUAAAUGUUUGAGCAGAACCUGAUAUAUAUAUGGAAUAUAUUAUUUUUUGAAGUCACAAACAAUCAAACACAAAUUAACAACUCUUUGACGAAUCUUGCAAGUUCCCUCCCUUUGCUCUUACCACAAAAAACUGGGAAAAAAAAAUCAGAAACUGUUAUUUUCUCUAAACAAAAAAAUCUAAUCGUUCAAGCUUCCUAAGUAUUAUCUUUGCACAAAUGUCUUUUACACAACCCUUGUUUGGAAAGAGAAUCCUCCAUCAAAAACUAAGAAAAUUACAAUUUAAAUAAUUUCUGUACAGAAUA